GACGUUUACUCGGUUAGUUUAGUUUGAGGCUCGUGCGUAUUUAUUUUCUCAUUGCGUUACGUUUACAUGUACAUAUAAAUAUAUAAUAUAGGUAGUCAUAUAGAACCAUGUGGUUUUUACAAAAACAAUUUUUUUCAAUUUUAAUUUUUUUACUUCUGUCAGAAUUGCAAGCUAAUUGUUGUAAUAUAAAUGAUAAAUCAUUUAUUUGCCUAUUUAAAGCAAAUGAAUCAAAAAACUGUGAUUGUGUAGAGGGAUAUCAAACUGAGGUUGAUUUAUUGUUUAAUGAUGUUCCUCAUGAUCUCCAUGAAAAGUUGUUGAUCGGGUCUUUAGCUGAUUUUACUGCUGAAGAAAUCAUUAAUUUGCCAACAAGUCUUAUAUAUUUUUUACCGAUAAAUAAAUUGGCUGUGUUAUCUGGUAAUCAUCUAGCAUCUCUUAUAAUUGCACACGACGAUCAUACGCCGAUAGCUAAGAAGAUUCUUCAAUCUAUUAAAACUGAUCAACAACGCAUUGAGUUCUUAAAUUUUUUAGUUACAAAGGUGAUAACAAAUAAUAAAAUACUAGAUUUAAUUGGUAAAACAGUUUAUAAAUGGAAUUAUGAUGUGAAAGAUGGCAAAUUUCAAAAAUUAUCAAAUAUAUGUGGCUAUGCUUUAGCUAGACUUUGGACACCAUAUGUCCUUACCACAAAUAAGACUAUUAGCACGCGACUGUUGACUCUGUUGGCUGAAGUAGAACAAAAGCAAAAACAAAGGAUAUUAUGCAAUAAAUAUGUACAAGUUAAUUGGAAAAAUUUACCUAAAAGUGUUAGAAGAUUAUGGUCUUUUUUGUCAGUCAAUCAAUCCUAUCCUAAUCCAUUAACUAAAUGGACAGUUCAACAAACAGCUCUACAAUAUACAUUUUUGUUACCAGAUUUUAAUAACAAUGAACUACUUUUAAUACCAUUUGAUGAAUUGUCUAAAAAUGCGCUAUAUGAUAUUGACUUUGAUAUUUCUCAAGCUCGAUUUUUAUUUUCAAUGUUAAUGGAAAAUAGCACUUUAAAAGAUGUGAAGAUACUAUAUCCAACAUUUUUUUCUAAAUUAUCACCAUUGCAAAUUGAUAAAUUUAAACCAGAAGAAUGGGCUAAUGAAACUGCAAAUUUGUCAUUUGAAAAAACACAUUUAAGUUAUUCAGCUGCUAAACAGAUAUUUAAUAAAAUUGCUAGUGAUCGAUUGUCAAAGAAACAUAUAAAUGGAUAUUAUAAAUGGACAUCUGAUGACCUACGACAUCUUCCAUUGAUAUACACCCAACCAGCUACUUCAUUCUUGAAGUUUUGUGCUACUCCACCAAGUAUUCAAUCAUUUAUUGCUGUUGAUUCUUAUAUGCUGACUAACAGACAAGCUUUUUAUCUAAGUGGUUGUAGUAGUAUAUUGUCAUUUCCUUCAAACGAUCCAAAACUUUUACUCGAUUUGAAAUAUAUGAUUAAUAAAGCAGUUCCUGUUUCUAGCCUAUUAUAUAUUAAUAAUGGAAAUAUAAAUUAUCCACUAAUGUCUCACUUGGUAUCUUUAAUCGAUAAUCAUAACUUGCCAAUGGCUUUUUAUCUUUUAAACAUAACAAAUCCAGUAAAACAAACCUGCUUCAUUAAAGAAAUGCUGAAAAAUAAAAAUAAUAUACUUUUUGAUCAAUUAGCCCCUUCGGAUAUACCAGGUCCUAUAUUUGAUGUCCUCAAACAAUUAUACUCAAACUAUACUGAUAGAAUAGAUAAAUUACCAAAGCAUAUACUUAAUGUAAUAUUAGAAAACAAUGAUUUACUUGUCAAAUGGACUGGUAAUGAUUCAGCAUUCACUAAAGGUCUUUAUAAUGGAUAUACGUGUAAUUUCAUAAGAAAAUUAAAUAGUGUAAACUUCAUUAUUCUAAUUUCAAAUUAUAAUGCAUAUCUAAAACAAAAUGGAAAAGUUUUUCCUAAAAACUUGCAAAUUUGUGUUGCCGAAGCAUUUAUUAAUUAUCUCAAGUUGAAAUCAAAAUUAACAGCAAACUUGGAUAUUCACUUAGAUGCAUGGGAAGUUGAAGCAGUGCAAGGAUUUGUGUUGACAACUCUUCCCAUUGAUGUUAUUGUAAAUUCAAAUUUGAGUGAUAAUAUAUUAUAUUCUAUUGGACAAUUAAGUUUCCCUGAACUAAUGAUUGCAUCUCAACCACAAAAACUGUCAUUAAUGGUUGACAAAUAUAUCACAAAUAUUCUUGAAAAUAGGCCAACCUUAAGUUAUGAGCAUUUACAUAUACUAGGAAAUUUAAUUCAUUUUAUUCCUACAACAUACUUGAGUGUAAUAGAUGAACAAGCAUUUAAAUUCAUGGUGGAAAGUGGUUUAAUUGAUACCAGAAUUUGUGUUGAUUCAAUAGCAAAAGAAAAAUGGGCCGAUUUAUUAAUAAAAGCUUUUGGAAAUGUUGAAAAUUGGUCAAGUGAUACUUUAGUAACAUUGUCUGAUCUUCUUAUUGUAUUAAACCAGGAUCAAUUAAAUGCUAUACCAGAUAUGUCACGUUUAAAUUCUUCAGAUAUAAUACUGACUAGAUAUUCUGAUGAAAUUGAAUUUUUAUCUGAUAAUAUUCCUUUUUACAAGGGUUGCGUAUUAAUUUUGGGUGAUCAGUAUAAGGAUUUUACUAAUUCCUUAUCAACUCUUAUCAAUUUCUACUUAACUUCGAUGCAGAUUCAAUUGCAAAUGAUCAGUCCAAUUAAUUAUAACCUAAACGACCAAAACAAAAAAAUUAUAUCGUCAGAAGUCAAAGGAAAAAUUUACAAACCAAAUGUCUUAAUUUCAUUACCAAAGUCUGAUGAUAUAGAUAAAUUAUCACCAAAAAACAAUAUGUUUAACAAAUAUUUUGGGGGUAAAGAAAAACAAGAUGUUAAUAAUUCUCUUAAUAUAAAGAAAAAUAUUCAAGUUAAUACAACUCCCACUGAGGAAGAGAUCAUUAAUACAUUUACAGUCAAUCAACAAAUAUCAGUUACUAAAAAUUCAACAUUGAUCUUAGAUAUUGAAAAUUCUACUACUAGUAGUCCUAUAUUGUCUACUUUAAAUUCCUCAAGAUACGAUCAAAGCUUAAAAAAUAUAGGAAGUGAUCAGGAUAUUGAAAAACCAUUUAAUGAGACAUUUUUACCAUUACUUAGCACUACUAAUAAUCAUAAUAAAAUAUCAAAUAAUAAGAAUAGCACUGAGUACGAAAUACAAUUAGCAAUAGAUGAUUCUAAAUUAAUUAUUAAUGCUAUUCACUUACAAGGCGUUGUAGAAAAUAGAAAAAAGUUUCAUGAUGAUUUUAAAACGAAUGUCUAUAAUAUUACUUCAAAUCAAUCACUUUUAUCAGAAAUUGUUGAAAUAUCAACGAUGAGAAAUAACAAAAUAUUUAAAAUUAAUGGUCAACAAAAAAAAAGAUCUUUAAAACUAUUUUUUGAUACUGAGGUGCAAGUUAGUUGUGAAGCGUUAAAAAUGUUAGGACCAGCCUCAGUUACUUACCUUCAGUUUGACUCAAUUAUCCACUCUAUGAGUGAUGUGGAAUUAGAAAAUUGUGUUGAUUUAUUGGGUUCAUUUGACAUUAAUCCUGAAUUAGCAAGACAUAUUUGGUCUCGAACCAAAGAAAAGGCUGCUUUACACACAUAUGGUUCUGUUUUGUCGGGAUUAUCGGUAAAUGAUAUAAAGAUGCUAGACUUGAACAUUGAUAGACCUUGGUCAUUGGAAUUAAUACAUUUACUUUCAGAAUAUGUAAAAACUGAUAAAAUUGGUGAGGAGAUAAUAAAACAAUUUUUUACAAAAUCAAAAGCAAACAUGCCUUCGCAUUUGUGGGGAUCAUUUGGUUCAUUGAUAUGUAAAUUACCACCUCGUAUUUUCAAAAUAAUAAUGCCUAAUAAAGAAUUAUUCUGGAAAACAAGCUCAGCUUUUAAUACUAUAAAAUCUUGUGAUAUGUCUUGUAUAAACAAUUUAGCAUCAAUAGCAAUUUCUGUUAUUGGACAAUCAAAUACUUGGAAAACUGCUGAAGUGGAACGUAUGGGAAUUAUUCUUUCCGGAAUUAACAUCACUCAGUGGCAACUGUUAUUAAAUUUAAAUCCAAAAGCAUUAGAAGGGCUUUCUUCAAAUACUGUUAAAUGUCUCAAUGAACAACAAAUCAAGUUAAUGGAUGGAUCCCAUAUGAAAUAUUUAACACCUAAAUCUGCAAAUGCAUUACUGGAAAAUCAUUCUGAAUUAUUAGAUUUUCAAACAAAAGAAACACUAUUACAAUUAGUGAACUUUGAAAUUAAAAUAGACUAUAGUAUUAAUGUUUUUGAAAGUAGAAACGACUAUUCAAUUGAAAUGCAAGCUCAUUCUAAAGCUCCUGCAAUACAAGUGUUAUCUUUUUCAAUUUUAGGCGCUAUCAUUAUAGUAUUUUACUUAAAUAUUAUUGUUUAGUAUUGUGUAUUUAUAAUUAUUAUUGAGACAGUAGAAGUUUCUUUUUAGUUAUGUUUUUAUUAUUGGUGUAAAAUGUUUAAUGAAUUUUGUUUUAUGAUUUAAAGAUUUUUAUAUAAUAUAUUUUUUAUAGCAUUA